ACACCAAUUCCAUCUCCACUCUUUCGAUUCUUAUCAGUUACUCAUCUUCGUUCUUUACCUCCCUUAGUGACAGCGAGACGGUUAGGGCAGAGUUGCACACACUCAAGCGAAGCAAUGGCAUGGAGAGGACAUCUUUCAAAAAACAUAAAAGAGCUUCGGUUUUUGAUGUGCCAGUCAUCACCUGCAAGCUCAUCUGCAAGGGCAUUUGUGGAAAGAAAUUAUAAGGAGCUAAAGACAUUGAACCCAAAAUUGCCAAUAUUAAUUCGUGAGUGCAGUGGAGUUGAACCUCAAUUAUGGGCAAGAUAUGAUUUGGGUGUUGAGAAAGGCAUCAAAUUGGAAGGCUUGUCAGAGGCACAGAUCUUUAAGGCACUUGAAGAUCUGGUAAAAGCAGGAUAGUCGUUGAAAGUUUGACAUUGCUGCUUAUGCACUGUCUGAAAUGGAAUAAAUGCUCUGUUGCUGCACUUGUUAUUGCAAGUUUUUUGUUUUGUUGUUUUUUUUUUUAUUUAAAAUAAGCCAGAUUUUUUUCUUCAAUGUCCCAUGGCCUCUGGUUUCAGCUUGUCUCUUUCUGCAUCUUACGUCAUUUCAAGUAUGACACUGUCGUGUUCAAGUUUAAAAUCCUGAUUUUGUUUGUUGAGCACACCAUGGGAGAUUUUUUCAGACAAAAAAAAUUAAACUACUAAUUUUGGUUUA